AUGCCCGACUUCACAGAUAAUCUUCGCCCGAGUCAACCAGAUGGGCCUACUACACUUGCCCGCGAGCGAGCAGAGUCCAAUAUCUCGCCCAAGGAGCUAAGCCAUCAUCUUCUUUCGGCUGAUGGAUUCUUGGAGCGACAGUCACGGAUUCUGUCAAUCGUGCAACUAGAGCCACUUUUCUCCAAGGAGAAGCAGCAGAACCUGUCUCGCCCUCAGCGAUUCAAGCUGGGACUUGCGCGUGCGAAGCUUCUUCGCCGUUUGAAAGACCAGCAUAAAUGGAGCCAUGAUGAAUAUAAGAUGGCUGAGUACUUGGUUGACGAUGUCUCACCUUAUUUUUUUGCACCUGGAAAUGCCAGCGAGGCACAGCGAGCAGAAUGGAUGCCACUCAUUGAAUCAUGGAAGAUUGUCGGCGCAUAUGCCCAGACCGAGCUGGGACAUGGCAGCAACGUCCGAGGCUUGGAGCUGGAGGCACGUUGGGAUGGCAAAACCAAGGAAUUCAUUCUGCAUAGCCCUACUCUGACCGCAAGCAAGUGGUGGAAUGGAAGUCUGGGCCGUAUUGCAAACCAUGCCAUUGUGGUCGCGCAACUUCUGCUUCCAAAGGAUGGCUCAGAAAAUAAAUAUGUAUCUCAUGGCCCUCAUCCAUUCAUUGUUCAGGUGAGGGAUAUGAAGACACAUCUCCCCCUGAGCGGCGUAGUGGUUGGAGAUAUUGGUCCAAAAUAUGGCUACAUCACAAUGGACAACGCCUACAUGCUUUUUAAUCAUUUCCGGAUUCCUCAUUCUGCCAUGUUGUCGAGAUAUUCCAGCGUGAACCCGAACACUGGCAUAUACACAAAGCCUGAACAGCCCGCUCUGGUCUACGGGUCUUUGACAUACGUUCGUGCACAAAUCGUGCAUCAUGCUAGACUCGUACUUGCACGCGCAGUCACAGUUGCGGUGCGCUAUACCGCUAUCCGGAGACAGUUUCAAGAUCGCGAUGGCGACAAACAUGGUCCAGAAAUGGCAGUCCUUGACUACCCCACAGUUCAGAUUCGUAUUUUGCCUUUGCUGGCCACUGCUUUUGCAUUGCAUUAUACUGGGCAGUCGAUGCGUGCUAUCUAUCAAAGUACCCGUGAAGAUGUUGAACAAGGAGAUUUUCGUUCCUUGGCCCAUAUGCAUAGUAUGUCUUCCGGACUAAAGAGUCUUUGCACUAUGCUUGCUGCGGACGGAGUUGAGACAUGUCGUCGCGCGAUGGGAGGGCACGGCUUUGGUGGUGGGAGCGGCCUUAUUCAGCUAAAUAAUGACUACCUGUCAAAGCCAACGGUCGAAGGUGAUAACUGGAUGAUCACUCAGCAAGUGGCAGCCUACUUGAUCAAGAAAAUGACUGCGGCUGUUGACUCGCUAGCCAGUCCUGCCAGCGACAAGACCGAUGCAAUUUUCAAGGAAUAUAUCCGAAAUCGCGGAUCCUCGCCUUCUGGUCUUGAUGUGCUAGCAAGUGAUCGGGAUGUCGUCAAAAGCUUUGAACUUCGUGCUACUACCUUGACAUAUGAUGUGUAUGAACAACGCGUGCUUAAAAAGAAGAGCUGGAACAGUCUACUCAUCCAGCUUCAUAAGCUGAGCAAGGCCCAAUCGCAGUCGAUCCUAGUUACCAAUUUUUUCGAAUCGUUAUCAACUAACAGCUCUCUCUCGGAUUCUACGAAGAGCGUCAUGUGGGAACUCUUCCGGCUUUUUGCUUUUUAUACCAUGGAGAAUGAAGCCUUCGAAUUUUUCCGUUGCAAUGCCGUCACGAAAUCCGCCCUUGACGGUCUCCCUGCUCGUGUUCAAGAACUGAUGUCCCGGAUCCGACCACAUGCGGUAAAUCUUGUUGACUCAUGGAUGAUACCAGACUAUCUUCUGGACAGUGCUCUUGGCCGGUAUGACGGUCGAAUAUACGAGGAUCUUUACAAUAGGGCCCACCGUCUAAAUCCCUUGAACAAAAUCACAUUCAAUCCCAACUAUUGGGAAGAUGAAAUUGUCAAAGGGAGUGGAGAGAGUGGAGCGAGUAUACUAUCGAAGUUGUAA